GCCGCUGCCGAGCACCCCCGAGCCCGGCGCUGCAGGAUGCCGGGGGGCAAGAGAGGGCUGGUGGCACCGCAGAACACCUUCCUGGAGAACAUUGUCCGGCGCUCGAGCGAAUCCAGUUUUCUGUUGGGAAAUGCCCAGAUUGUGGACUGGCCUGUAGUUUAUAGUAAUGACGGAUUUUGUAAACUCUCUGGAUAUCAUCGAGCUGACGUCAUGCAGAAGAGUAGCACGUGCAGUUUUAUGUAUGGUGAGCUGACAGACAAGAAGACCAUUGAAAAAGUCAGACAGACUUUUGACAACUAUGAGUCAAACUGCUUUGAAAUUCUCCUCUACAAGAAAAACAGAACCCCGGUUUGGUUCUACAUGCAAAUUGCACCCAUAAGAAAUGAGCAUGAGAAAGUGGUUUUGUUCCUGUGCACUUUUAAGGAUAUCACUUUGUUCAAACAACCAAUUGAAGAUGAUUCAACAAAAGGUUGGACAAAGUUUGCUCGGUUGACGCGAGCCCUAACAAACAGCCGGAGUGUACUGCAGCAGCUAACGCCGAUGAACAAGGCUGAGGUGGUGCACAAACACUCGCGGUUAGCUGAAGUUCUCCAGCUGGGAUCUGAUAUUCUUCCUCAGUACAAGCAAGAAGCUCCAAAGACUCCACCACACAUUAUACUACACUAUUGUGCUUUUAAGACUACUUGGGACUGGGUCAUCUUAAUUCUGACCUUCUACACAGCAAUUAUGGUUCCAUAUAAUGUCUCCUUCAAGACAAAACAGAACAACAUUGCUUGGCUUGUGCUGGACAGUGUCGUGGACGUUAUUUUUCUGGUUGACAUUGUUUUGAACUUUCAUACGACCUUUGUCGGCCCUGGUGGAGAAGUUAUUUCUGAUCCCAAACUCAUAAGGAUGAACUACUUGAAAACGUGGUUUGUGAUUGAUCUUUUGUCCUGUUUACCAUAUGACAUCAUUAAUGCCUUUGAAAAUGUGGAUGAGGGCAUCAGUAGCCUCUUCAGUUCCUUAAAAGUGGUGCGUCUUCUACGACUCGGUCGAGUCGCCCGGAAGCUGGACCAUUACCUGGAAUAUGGUGCUGCUGUACUGGUACUGUUGGUGUGUGUGUUUGGACUGGUAGCCCACUGGCUAGCCUGCAUAUGGUACAGCAUUGGGGACUACGAAGUUAUAGAUGAAGUCAGUAAUACAAUCAAAACAGAUAGCUGGCUCUACCAGUUGGCACUGAGUAUUGGGACACCAUAUCGAUACAACACCACUGGCUCAGGGCAGUGGGAAGGAGGACCCAGUAAAGACUCCUUGUACAUAUCCUCUCUCUACUUUACCAUGACAAGCCUUACAACAAUAGGAUUUGGAAACAUAGCACCAACCACUGAUGGAGAGAAGAUUUUUUCGGUGGCCAUGAUGAUGGUUGGCUCGCUUCUUUAUGCAACUAUUUUUGGAAACGUCACCACCAUUUUCCAGCAAAUGUAUGCCAACACCAACCGAUACCAUGAGAUGCUGAACAAUGUGAGGGAUUUCCUAAAAUUAUAUCAAGUCCCAAAAGGCCUUAGUGAAAGAGUCAUGGAUUAUAUUGUCUCAACCUGGUCCAUGUCUAAAGGAAUUGACACAGAGAAGGUUCUUUCAAUUUGCCCAAAGGACAUGAGAGCAGAUAUUUGUGUGCACCUAAACAGGAAAGUUUUUAAUGAGCAUCCUGCCUUCCGACUGGCUAGUGAUGGCUGCCUGCGAGCACUGGCUGUGGAAUUUCAGACAAUCCACUGCGCCCCAGGAGACCUCAUCUAUCAUGCUGGAGAAAGUGUUGAUGCUCUUUGCUUUGUGGUCUCAGGAUCCCUAGAAGUCAUCCAGGACGACGAGGUGGUGGCUAUUUUAGGUAAAGGUGAUGUGUUUGGUGAUAUCUUCUGGAAGGAAACUAGUCUGGCCCAUGCAUGUGCCAAUGUACGGGCUCUGACGUACUGCGAUUUACAUAUUAUUAAACGAGAAGCCUUGCUUAAAGUGUUGGACUUUUAUACUGCAUUUGCAAACUCGUUCUCAAGGAAUCUCACACUCACCUGCAAUUUGAGGAAACGGAUCAUCUUCCGGAAAAUCAGCGAUGUGAAGAAGGAGGAAGAGGAGCGCCUGCGCCAGAAGAACGAGGUGACGCUAAGCAUCCCUGUGGAUCACCCUGUCCGGAAACUUUUCCAGAAAUUCAAACAGCAAAAGGAGAUGCGUAAUCAAGGCUCAACCCACAUCGACCCAGAAAGGAACCAGCUUCAGGUGGAAGGGCGGAGUGUGCAGAACGGGGCCUCCAUCACAGGCACCAGUGUGGUCACUGUGUCUCAGAUCACCCCCAUCCAGACGUCACUGGCUUACAUGAAAACCAGUGAGGCUGUGAAGCAGAACAACAGGGAUGCGAUGGAGCUCAAGCCAAAUGGGAAUGGAGACCAAAAAUGUUUGAAAGUAAACAGUCCCAUGCGGAUGAAAAAUGGGAAUGGGAAGGGGUGGCUUCGACUGAAGAACACGAUGGUGACUCACGAAGAGAAGAAGGAGGACUGGAACAAUGUCACGAAGGCUGAGUCCAUGGGGUUACUGUCUGACGACCCCAAGUGCAAUGACUCAGAGAACGGUGUAAAUAAAAACCCACUGAGGAAAACAGACUCUUGUGACAGUGGAAUAACAAAAAGUGACCUUCGCUUGGAUAAAGCUGGUGAGACUCGCAGCCCCCUGGAGCACAGCCCCAUUCAGGCUGACGCUAGGCAUCCUUUCUACCCUAUUCCUGAGCAGGCCUUACAAACCACGCUGCAGGAAGUCAAGCACGAACUCAAAGAAGAUAUCCAGCUGCUAAGCAGUAGGAUGGCUGCCCUUGAGAAGCAGGUGGCAGAAAUUUUAAAAAUAUUGGCUGAAAAGAACGUAUCCCAGACCUCUUCCCCCAAGUCUCAUUUCUCACCCCAGCAGCCUCCCCAGAUACCCUGUCAGGAUAUUUUUAGUGUUUCAAGGCCUACAUCACCAGAAUCAGAAAAAGAUGAAAUCCACUUUUAGCAUAUACCUAUGUGUAUAUAUGUAUACAGUAUAUAUGCAGAGGUGUAUAUAUACCUUUAUACAUAUAUAUGUGUGUGUGUAUAAGGUAAAUAUAUAUACAUAUAUAUUUUCACUUGCAUCCAAUAUGACUUGAACACACCAAGGAUUUUGAUAUGUAAAUAUUGCAUGUCCAGCUGGAUUCUGGCCUGCCAAAGAAAACAAUUAUUAACAUAGAUAUUGCUUGUAUAAUAUGCAGUUGACUGCAUGCACACUUUACAUUUAUUUAUAAUCUCUAUUAUGUAAUAAAAGAAUGACUUUUGUUUAACAAAGGCAAUGUACUAUUUAAAGAAUCAGGGUCUAACCUGCCAAUAUUGCCAUGACAGUUUUGAUCUCAGGCUGGGUGAAUUGAGCUUUUAUUUCCUCACUGUCUUUUCUGCCGAGUUAAACAUUAGAUUAACAUGACCAAUUGGAGAACACAUUGAUACUCCAAUUAGUAUUGGUUCCUGGUAUCAUUCCAUUCCAAUAUCCUGUAUAUUUGAUGAUAAAUUCACCUACUUCUCCUAAAGGAGUGCUCAGCUCAGUGGCCAGGGAAGGGCAUUGUGUCCGGUGUUGAAGUGGAUCACUGGUAUUUAUUCAUGUGGGUAUUGUGCAUGCACGGCCUUUUAUUUCAAGUGUCCUCCUGCUCUUUUAACAACUUAAAUAAGAAAUAAUAAUGGUGUUUUAUGUAACAAAAUGAAACUAAGAGAAAAUCAGCUUCACUCCCUCUGUGUUUGGAGGCAACGUCUUUCUUGAAAGCCUCCUUUUACUGAUACAAUUUUUACUGAACUGUUAGAGUAAUAUUAUGUAGAUUCUCUCUGCAGCACUCAGCGAUGGUGUCCAGUUCUGUCAGUAUCUUCAUUAGGAUGUCCCAUUUUAGCAGAGCUGAGAUUGUUCUCCACCUCCUUUGACCCUGGCAGAAAGACUUUGCAUGAGGUUUGAGCGGGGGAGAAAACAAUUGUAUUUUAGCAGCUCAGGAGCCACGUGAGCGGGUUUGAAAUCUUGAAGCUAAAAGGCUGCAGUUUAUCUCCCUACACUCUCUUCUGAGGAUGUUUAUGAGUCUCAACUGUCUUUGAGAAAGAGAGAAAAUAACCAGUCAGGAUGGAAAUACCUUUAGUUUAGGUGGGAGAGUGGUGGCUGUGUUGGAGAGAUGCACUCCUCCAUGGGGCGCUACCUGCUGCUUUUACCUUGGGCUUGUGGAAGUUGUCAGGUGGGGAGAGAGGGAGCACACUUCAAGAGCAGAUUUGCAGUGCCCUCACCACCAGUUGUUACACAUACUAAGGCCAUUAGGUCUGUGGCACAUGCUCUGACCCUCCUAACUGGCUACCAUAAGCAUCUCCCAGUCUCAAACUAUGCUCAGACCCCACCUCCACUGCCUGUGCUGGAGCACUGCUCUCCAUGCAGCACUGCUGGCGUUGCAGGGCUGCAGCAGGACAGCUUCUUGCUCUAGAUCUUGUUUGUUCUCCUGCUUGAAGCUGAGAUUUUGGACUCUGCCUGGGUCUGCACCUGAGUGUGGGGAGGUUUUUUGCCUCUCUGUUUGUACUAGUUGAGAAUCCAGACACAUGUGAUGCACAGUAGAAAUGGCCAUUGCAGCCUCAGAGCAGUUGCUGGUCCAGCUUUGCAACUUGAGGCCAGCACAGCAGAGUGAAUGGCUCCUUCAGAGAAGGAUUUCCUCACCACAUUUAAAUGGCCUCUUGCAUCAAGAUCCCAUGUUUUCAAAAGUCUCUGGAGUAAAACAUUUAUGUACCAAAAGGCAUCACUAUCAAUCAGGUAAAUAAAAGGCAUGUUUAUAACAAGUGGGCAUCCUUACUAGACAUCAGUGCCAUUGAAUCUGCUACUUCACAUCAGAAAAUUAAACUAAACUAUGAAAAAAUACAAAAAAUCCCCCAAAACCAUCAUUUGAAAUACUGCAGUUGAUUAGAAACCUGCAUUUGAGUGUGAACAUAUCUUCUACUCUGAAAUUCAAACCCAUAAACCCCCAAAAGUUCAUAAGAAAGCUGAAGAAGUCAUUGCUUCUGUUCUGUCAAUUCAUGGAGGCUCUUUGGGAUAUAAUGGUCUUUCUCAUUUUCUGUUCCUUUCUGGCCUGUUUCUGCCCCUUCUCCAGUUCCUUUCUUUAGGAAAUCAUGGAUAAAAAAAAAAAAGAAUAAGGAAAAAAAACACAGAAUGGGACAACUUUCCCAAAGCCUGAUGGUUUGGCUGCCUGCUCAUUAUAGUUUUCCACAGCUGCAAUUUGCUUGCUUCUGUCAAAACUUUCAGCAGCUGCAUUUUUUUUGCAGCUGCUCUUCUGACAUAAGUGCGUAUCUCUAUGUCUGCAAUCAUGGUUUGGUCUGCAGAACAAACUGUGCUCGCAAACCAGCAAGACUUUCAAGGUCCUACUCCAAACCUUACCCUGGGACUCUGGAAGGAUUGGUGGGUUAUAAGGUUAAGGAGUUACAGGGUUACUGCAGGCUGCUGGAGUAUGUACAGACCUUGUGGGUACAAUUUAAGUGCCAAGCUUUGAAGAUUUGAAUGUUCUUGCCUGUUUUGGAUUGCUGGUCAAGGCACACACAGCAACUGCCCAAAGCCGUCCGGUGAAUAGCUGAGAAACGCAGGCUGUUGGGAGGGCAGAUCUUGGUAAAGUUCCUUGAAUGAAUGAAUGUAAUGCUGCAAAAAAGCCAGCAGGGUAAUAAUGAGAGUGACUUUGUUAGAAAGUUUUAGCCUUAAUGGUCUUCCUCUGCUUUUUGUCAAGGACUUCUUUCUUUGUAACUGGAAUUAAUUCUAGACAGAACUACAUGGCACUCAAAGGGAUCUCUAUUUAGCUUUACACUUGUGCAGGUCAAGUGUAACUUUGUGCCACUUUACAGUGAGAGAACAUGUAACAGGAUUCAUCUGACCUUGAAAAUCAUUUCAGCUCGGUUCAAGUGCAGCUUGACUGGUUAAAAUGUGUAGUGGGCUAAAAGCUAUAAAUUGUAUAAAAUACCAAGUUAAUGAAACAAAUAUUUCCAGGUCCACUUCUCCUAGUGUGUCUUUGACUCUCAUGCUCCAGUGUUGUCCAUUGCAAUUCAGCGGAACCAGCUUGCACCGUGGACAAGGUGGUAGCGAGAUGGGUGUCUUGCAAACAUGAUAAAUGCAGCCUGCGAAUGGGCUGUCCCAGGCCCUGCGUGCUGCGAGUGCAGCUGGACUGAUGCUGGUGGCUAUUGCUUUGAAAAUUUGGCUUGUGCAAUUCUGAAGCACUUUUCCUCCCAAAAAUUUUUCAGUCAGAGCAUUACACAUUGUUUCAUGGAGUUGUUACCAGGGCACUGAUCCAGCUUUCCUGUCCGCCUGUGGUUGUGCAUGAUGCGAUUGAGUGUGCUGCCGACUGGGGCAUUCCUUUUCUAUUAAAGAAGCAUGAGUCAUAGUCUCAUAGUUCAGGCUUGACUGAAAGCUACCACCUAUAGUCAUUAAGUGCAACAAGGACACAAAUGUGUCUCUUCAACCUAAGCUAGAGCUCAAGCAGCUAUCUGCUAUGCCAAGGGAGCUCUCGGCUGCAUGCUUUCCUUUCCUUUAAGAGCUGUAUACCUGUACUGAUAUUCCUGCCACGUGCCGGUAACAGCGUACUUAGCACUUCCCUUGUGCUUUGUGUGUUCAAAGCAUUUUACCUGCACACAAGUGGAUUUUAUCUUUCUGGACUUUGGAAUAGAAAUAAAAUGUGUACAGAAAAGUAAACACAUUUCAAAACCAAUGAGCUAGAGUAUCUUUAAUAGCUUUUCUGUGGAAUAUUACAUAUACAAGAUAUAACAACACUUCAGGAUAAUAACUGAAAAAAAAAAACCUAAUUGUUGUAGUGACGAUUUGGGUCUUCUGAAUUUGUCUUUGUAAAUCCUUUUUUGCAUUGUUCUGCCUUUGCUAGGGGACAGGGGUUAGAGCAGAGCUGACUCUAAAAGUGACAAACUUAAGCUUUGCCCAUUUUUCUUUUCCCUGUUCUGCAGAAGUAGCACAACUAUAGGGACUUUAUGCUGCUGGCACCGAAGUUUGGGCUCAUCGCUAGACUGAACUUCAUUCUUGAUUUACUAUAGGGUCACUGUGAUGAUCAUAUUGGACCUUAACGAAUAUUUUGGAUCCCAGAAAACUUUAGAGAACUGGCAGCUGCAGAAGUAACGUGUGGUUUGUAAGCCCUGAGCAUUCACUCUGGAAAUAACUGAGACCAUUAUACAGACAUCAUCAUUUGCAUGGGUCAGAAGACAGCUGUUGUGCUCAUGAAAUAGCUUGGAGGCUUUCGGGGAAAAAGAUGUCCUGAACUGAAAGGGAAAGUAAAAAGACAAAGGUUUAAUAUGGAAUUUGGUAGUGAGGAAGUAGAGUGAUAUAUUAUAGUGAAUUGACAGUUUUUUACUUGAUUUUGAGAACUGAGAAAACCCAAAGCUAUCUUUUUGGAUGUCAGAUUUGGACAGAUUGUUUGUUAAAAUAAAUAUUUUUUUCCUAAGUGAGCUGGCAUCAAAGUGAUACCUGUUUUUUUUUUUUAAAGUUUUCAUAUACCAUUUUCCUGCAGAAGUGGGUUUAUCAGGUUUUAUUACUGUUGUUUUUAAUAGACUGUUUUUUUCAGUUCUUUUUUUUUUUUUUUUUUUUGUAUGAGAAGCUCAUGUGUUAACACAUAUCUUCAGGUCUACAGGAUCUGUAAUGUUUUAUAGUCUUGCUGCUAACAUAGUUGUUAGAGGGGGUUUGAGAAGUGGGAUUCAUUUGGAUAGAGGCAUGUCUCCAUGGCCGCCCAGGCUCUGUGACUCUCCCCUCUUGAGCUUCAGUGAGAGCUGUGAGCCCUAAAAAGCAGUAGUUUGCAUUUUUCUUGGCACUUCUGGAUUUGCACUGAUUUCCUUCAGGGAAUUUAGGGAAGGAAAUAUAAAAGUUGACACCGUCAUUUUUCCUGGACAGCCCCAGUCCUUCACCAAUGUUAGUGCUGCCAGAGAAGCUCUUUCCCAUGCAGCCUACAGGGAGAAAAAUGUUGAUCCAGAUGGAUUUCCACAGCUGGGAAUAGUUUUUACAACUUUCCCUUCACUUUUUUUUUGUACAAAUAGGUAACAUGAUCUCUAAGUAUUUUGUUGGUUUUAAUGUGUUAUAGUGCAUUUCAAAAUUAUAUAUAUUCUUAAAGGAAAGUGCUGAAUGGAGCUAAAAUAGACCAGAAGUGCACAUUAUUUCUAGCAGAAAAUCAGCAAAUUUUCUUACUGACAUAAGGAAUAUCAUCCAAAGAUCAGCUUUGUGAUAUCUAACAAAUGAGAAACAAAAUAAAAUCAUCCUUACAGAGGGUGCGUUUGGUCAUACAGAAAAUUGACCUUGUAUUGCGCAGUGGGACAAGAAAGCAUAUAUUGAUUUUGAAUACUUAGAUAUUCAAAUGAUAGAAACUUCAAAAAGGCCUUGAUAGGGCCAUGAUAAGUAAAUUAUAUUUAUUUAUUACGCUAUGUUAAUCAACCUCCUGAUGCAAGGCAGGUGGAACCGGGCAUCUGAGGCAAUAGUCUCACAAACCUUUUUAUCCAUUGUCUAUAAAGUAGAUAAGUGCAUUUAUUCAUUAUUUUCUGCUUGGAGAUGUAAGCUUGCUUGGCCUACAGUCUGAGACUGUUGGUGUGCACCAACUCUGUGUCUGGCUGUCUGCCAUGAAUACAUCACUUACCCUUAAUUAAAAGCCCUAUAAAAAGGAUUUUAUAAUGUUGGUCUCAGCGUCCCUCCCAGUGACAAGACUGUAUUUUAUCUGGUUCAGAGCAGAUUCAGUUCAGACCAAGCAAUUGCAGAAUAUAUUUCUGCCUGCCUACAGAGGAUGUGUAGACACACCAUACAUAUAUUUAUCUAACCUUUUGGAAUGGGGACUCUGAUAUGCCCCAUUUAAGACAGAUGUUUCAGACAGGGUUAAAUCAUGCUCUGGAGGUGCCAGUCUCUAAUCAGUCGCUGUAGAGCAACUUUAGAUUAGACACUUGAUUUGUAGGCUGCUAGAGGGUGAAUUAAGUGAAUCGAACACAUAACUCAAGCUCCAAACCUGAUCUUGUUUGUAUAAAAAGAUGGCUCCAAAAGGGACCACUUACCAUCUUUCUGGCACAGAAACACUUUUACAGGUGACUAACAGUACAGCAAACACUGAAAUAUCUCAGCAGCAUGCAACGAGAAACAAAGUGUUCAGCUUCUGAACUGCUAAUGAGAGCUCUGUAAAGACAUUUAGAUAAUCAGUUCCUGGCCUGUGGUGAUCAGCUUUAUAACUUCUUACCCCAAUUCCAUGACAGGUUCAUCCAGGGACUUUCAUUUUCACAGGUAUAUAGCAACUGAGAUACUUUUCAUCACCAUGUGUAAUGCCAAGACGCAGAGGAGAACGACCAAUCAGUUUUGGGGCAGUGAAAGACUGCCACCUGUUUGGGAUCUUUGACUACUCUAGGAUACUGAGGAUGGUAGGAGUUUUAUCGCUGAGCUGUCAUGCAGUGGAAAGAGACCAAGACUUGCAAAUGUCCAAAAAUGUGAAGAAUUGUAGUAAAGAACUUUCAAGGUAGACAGAGUGACCAACUAUCAGGCAAUUGCCCAGGCCACAGCAGAGCACUGUUUUUCUGCUGUGCAGUGGUAGGAAAGAGGGGAGUGGGAGAAGAAAGAUGGGAAGAAUGGUGCCCAAAAAUGGUGGCAAUAUUCCACAGAAGUCAUUACUUAUUAGUCUCUGCAUAGUGGCUGUUUCUGCCUUCAUAAUCUCUUUUCUUCAAGUUUUUUUGAAGGAUAAGGCUGGCAACCCUGUCUGGGGUGACAGCUGUGGAGCAGGGAAGGGUCAUUAGAGGAUAUUCUAUUAUAGAUGCCCUUAGGGGAAAACGUGGGCUCCAGGAAAGCCGGAGCUCCUCCAGCAUGCCAAAGACCUGUCAGAAGAGGGCAUGUAGUGUCCAAACUGUUUAGCAUCGGUGUGGGAACUCUAUAUUUGAAGGUGGCCCUGCUUUGAGCAGAGCAAGGGGUGGACCAAGUGAUUUCCUAAAGGUCCCAUCUAAGCUAUGUUGUUUUAUCAUUCAGUGAUUCUGUAAAUUUUAAAAGCACAAAUACAGAGGAGUUAAAAUCGGAAGGUUCAUAGUUAUGUUCCAUUAUUUUCUGGUUUUCUACUUGAAUACUAUACUGUGGAAUGUGGUGCCAAUUUUCAAGAUAGUGAACAUUUCUAAGAGCUGAUACUCAUCAAGCACACGGCAGAGAAAAUUGGCAUAUUCUGAAACUACAGCACAAGAAUAAAUCAAUCCUUUCACUGGGCAUGAGCUAACAUCUACACUUGAUGCCAAACACUGAGAAUAACGUCUCAGUGACCAUGCAGUUUCUGGAAGCAGCGAGCUAAUAAGGAUACACCAGCAACAACCUCUCCCUCUUCCAAUCUCUUCUCCAGCCCUGUGAAAGGUUGUUAUGGUAUCUGAAAGUGCCAUCCAAAAAUCAAUAGCAUUUGAGCUGGUUUGCAGUGUUGCACUGGCAGAUGUGCGCAUCCAAGGCCAUAGGAAAUGCGCGAAGGGCAGUGACAAGGAAGUUUCUCGUUAGUGGCUGGAUCUGGAGGUGAUUCUCUCCUCUCUGGAUCCAGCCUAUUUCUGUUUGUCAGUGUGUGGACACCAUUGCUGAAAUGGCCUUUCCUUGUCCAAAGGGUCUGGAUAAACCCACAAAGCCCUUGCACAUCUCUAGAGUCUGCCCCAGUCCCAUUCCCAGGCUUAUGACUUGCUUUUCUAGGCACAUUCCAAGGUUUACAUCUACCUCUAUUAGAUUUAAUUGAAAAGCUAUUUUUCCAGAAUCUGUAACCUCUUCCUUAUCCAUGAUGCCUCACGGGUUUACCCAAAAAUUCUUUUCCCACCUGUGGCUUAGCAGCACUUGUGCAAAUUAAAUAGGAACAGGCAAAGCCUUCUGCCGUAUUCAGUACAUUAUUUUAUUAAACAAACCAUCUUUUUCAUUGUAUUUAUAGCCCUUUUGUACAAUCAUGAACUGUACAGUGUUCCAUUGCAGAGACUGGAGUGUUUGUGUGUUUUAAUGAGCCAGUUUGAGAAGGGGAACUAAAAUGAGACACUAGCUUCAGACUCUAGUCCAGCAUCUGACAUGUGCGACUGUUUCCUGUUUUCCUCCUCCAGUUACACCUUAGGUGAUCUUCACCCCCAGUGGCACUUUGAAUUGACGACAUGUAGUGCUCAUGAAAGUCCUCUAAGUCCUCUUCAUUUCCUUGGGCAGACCCUGGGGUUGUGCUCAACAUUUCCAUGCUUUCCUGUCCUGGGCUUGGCUUCAGAACUGUUUCCUGAGUUGUUGCACACCUCUUUUUUUCCUGUCUCCACUUUGCUUUCCUAGAAAAAAAAAAACCCUUCUGUGCUGGCGUCCACCUCCUCCAGCUGGUGGGGCAGGAGAGGACAUGCACUGCUCAUUGCAAGCAGGCAAAGAGCGGUACAGUACACUGUGCUUUCUGGCUGAUCAGUUGGGAAUCCAGUUGCAUCCAGAGCCUCUGCCAGGACAAUUAGUCAGAGGUCACAGUUCAGUUUGUAAAUUGGGUGUCUCACCCAAGCUCUCAUGGAAAAAAAAUUCUUUUUUUCUCAAGCAAAACAAAAUUUCUGCUCUGCUUCUAAUUAGUCCUCUGUUGUCCCUACAGGAUUAAUUACUGCCUUCUUCCCUUGUAUCAUCAAAUGCUGUUUGGCAACAGCUUUAUUUAUUUAUUUAUUUAUUUUUUUAUUUUAGGUAUAAUUAGGAGUCCCGGCAUUACAAACAAGCUCAGUCAGGCGGUAUUUAAAAAUUGCAGAGCUAAAAUGUCACCUUAACUAGUUGUUUAAACCUAGCUUUUGAGUACCAGCAUCUCUAUCACACUUGCUGCAUGUUCAGAGCUCAUUGUUUUGGGGUCAUCAGAACAUCAGUCGGAAUGUCCUUCUUGUUAAACCAAUAACAGAAGGGGUUUUGUUCCACAGUGUCCUCCCAUGAUGUGGUUCUUAGAAAGUGACUGCAGAUGAAAGGUUGCAGCGGCAUCUCCCAACUCUUCCUACUGCCUGUUGAUGCUCUGUAGAUUCCCAGACACAUUUUUUUUUGCUUAAAGGAAGGGCUGAGUGCCACAAACUGCAUAAUUCUAUCAAGUGGUAAAUGCAAUUUAUUGAGUGGGAGAGGCAAUAGCUAGCAAUAAGGCAGGAUUUGGGUUUUCAAAAUCUGCCUUGUGGGAAUUGGGCAAGCUACCAGAAAGACAAUAAAGGAUUUAUCUAGCAACGCAUGCCAAAGGAAUGCUAAACAUGUGAGCAGGAGAAUUUAUUGAUACCAGCGAAAAAGCUCAUCAUUGUUAAAGUGCAAAGCAACUCUGUAAAUGUACCUUUCAGCUGUCCCAGUAAAAUCCCUGUACUCAGACAAGGGGAGCUAAAGCUUUUAUUUCUGUGGUGUGGAGAACAGGCUAAUCAGCUUUCCCAGAAAACUUGCACACACAAGAUCUUUCCUUAAAUGUAAUAGCACUAUUUUACCAGCAUGGGCAUAUUUCACAAUGAUCACUUGUUUCGUAGUGAUUCAGAGAUGGUUCUAAAGCUGAUAUUGCAGUAUUUCUCAUAAGACAGGUUUGCUCCCUUCCUUGCUUGCCACUGAUUGUCAAUUAUUUGCCCUUUAAGAGAUCUGCAGCCCGAUAAGAGGCACCACAACAAACCUGCAGCUUGCCGGUAUGCAGUGGAAAUAAAGGUUCACCAUAUUUUUUUAUAAAAAACAUCCCAGCAGUAAAAUUACACUUGCUAACUCUCUAAAGCUCCAAUGCCUUAUCAAAAUAGUUUAUGUAACAAAAUCUCAUUAGUACUGCAAACUGCUGUCACUUGAAUUAAGACAUGAUAUGCUUCAUGAACUUUACUUACCUAUUUACUGUUGUUAUGCAUAUAUCGCCUGGCUGGGGCUUUUACAAGCAGGUGUAGCUACAUAUCUUGUGUUAUUUUCUGCAUGUUUUGAAAGCUAUGUAAUAUUUUCCACAAUGAAAAGCAGUUUUCCCCUUCUAUAUUUAUCUUUCUUCUCUUUCCCUCCCCAUCCUCUUCCCUUCCUGCUCUCCUUUCAUUUUUUCCCUUUCUCUUUCUUUCUCUUUCUCUAUCCCCUCUCACUUCACUUCCGUUCCCCUUCCCUUUCCCUUUCCCUUUCCCUUUCCCUUUCCCUUUCCCUUUCCCUUUCCCUUUCCCUUUCCCUUUCCCUUUCCCUUUCUUCCUUGACUUCUUUUUUUCUUGCCUAGAGUAUUAGGCUAGCAACUUAUAGAAGUGGAAAGAUUGAUUAAGUAAUGUUGCAUCAGCAGACCUAAUGAGAUAAUGAUCUGCUUUGCUAUUUGUGUUCAGAAGAAAUAAUGUGCUAAUAAGAAUUAUGAUUAGGGCUGAUUUGUUAAUGUCCUGCUUGAAUUCCAGCCAGUGACCGAGUGGUUCGGUAAAGUCUCCCAGCAGGUCUUCUAAAUUGUGUCCUUUGUUUUGAAGGUAAGUGUUUUCAGAGUGUGUAAAUGUUCUUAUUAAGGUCAGUGAAAAUCUUUUCAGUAAUUUCUAUACUCCAACCCAGUUCUCGCAUAGGGACCAGGGCAGUGAAUUCCAGUGCGGACUGAUCCUUCUCAAAACCAAGAGCUGCGGAUACCAGAAUUUUAAUUUCAGGCUCUUGUUUAACGUAAAUUGGUCAAAGAUUUCAUGCCCUACAAAACACUGCAUGCCAAAUGCAGGCAGAAAUAUAGAGGUUGUGUUUGAAAAUUGGGACGGCAAGAUGAAUUGGGAGAAAAAUCAGCUGAACUUAUCAGGGAAAGGGCAGUUUUUAAUUAAUGCAUAUUUGAAUCUAAAUUACUUAUUCUCGGUGUCUGAGCUGUCAGUAAUUUCCUUCCGAAGUAACUGUUCAAAAUUCAUGACUGUCUAGAAUAUCCUUGUACAAGCCAGAUAUGUACUUAAGCUGUGCAAACUCUCUCUGGGGAGAAGCACAGGUAAAAAUAAAAUUAUUAUUGCUACCACAAAGAGAGACAAUGACAAAGACAGGAGAUUGUGCCUCAGGUGCUAUGAGACUCUAAAUUCUUCCCUGCCAUCCCUGUAUCCAAGCACUGCUGAUUCAGACACGGGCUGACGUGCUCAACUUUUGAGUGCUACAUGUGUUUCCUCAUGUCCAUAUCCACCAGGAGUGGAGCAGGUCAUCACGCAAGGAAGGAGGAGCUUGUGUAGGACUUCAUGAAGUGUAGUCCCAACCCCAGACCAGGCUUCGAAGAAUGAAGUCCUGGCUCCGUGAGGCCAUGGGAGUUCUGGUAUGAGUUUUAGGACUCCUCCUCUGUUUCCCUCACCCCUUCGAAAUGCUCGUGGAUUCCCACUCAUGUUUAGGCUACUAACCAUCCUAGGCUCUUAAAGGAAGAAAAAUCUAGGGAACAUAGGAGCAAAGGGGGAUGAGAGGCGGGGAGGUUCUUGCAUCUGUCUCUGAUCAGCCCCAGACCCCCAACGGUGUCUGCUGAAGUAUCCUCAUUGCAGCAUGCUCACAGUAUUCUCACAACUAACGUCAGGUAGAAUUUUUCCUAAAUGACUCGUUGUCAUCACAGAGGACCUCAUUACAGUCAAAAUGUUGUACUAUUUUUCUAGCUUGUUUCCCUAGGCUUCCCCGCCCUCAUCCCAAAUAAAACUGAAAACUAAACUGAGCCAGAAGCUGCUAUACAAACCUGCACAGAGAGAAGCUGAAUUUAAAUAUCUACCCCAGCCUGCCCUCACGAGGUACCCACACGGUCUGCUGAUCACCCAACACAGGCACAACCUGCCUUUGCUUUUGUUUUCUCUGCUGAAAUGCAAUAUGCAUUUUUUUCUUUCCUUGGGAGCAGGCAGCCUUGUGUUGCAGCCCAGCACUCACUGAUCCAUGCCUGUGCUGCAACAUCUCGCUCUGCACUCCAAAACACCUGGCAGAGGCAAUCCUGCAGUGCUGAUCCCUGGUUUGUGGGAAUUGUUCAGCUAACAUUAACCGGACUUUAUUUCCAAGCGAAGCAUAAGGGGCUUUAAAGCCCCCUUUUUUACCCUGAGGUCCUUAGUUUUGAUAUCAAAUUUCAAGGUGUCUCAUUAGUUGGAAAAGCACCAGCUGGUAUAAUCACAUUAGUGCAAGCCUCACAGAGAAGUUGAACAAAACGAAUGCUUGUAAAAGCUCAUACUGAAAAAACUGGUCUACAGAGUAACUGCAGCUUUUGAAUGUAUGGGAUUCACAGGCACUGGACUGUGAAGAAGAAAAAUAUUUUGGGAAAACUUUUUUUUGCAAAGGAGAAAUUGGGGGAAAGGGUUAUUGCUUGGAUAAUGUUUCCUUUGUUACUACUUGCUGCUCUUUGUACACUUGCCAAUGCAAAUGGCAUUCAUGUUACUGAUAUUUUUGAACAGCCCAGCUAUCUUUUUUGCUCUUGUUAAUAUACUGAGGAUUUGGGGGGAUUUUAAAUGCCUCUGCCUUUCAGGAUUAUUUCUACAAAAGCAAUUGAGAACUGUAUUUUGACAGCAAGAAGCUUAUAGAAACCUAGAGAAAAAAAUAUAAAGCAUUUGAGACUGAACAACUGUAAAAGGAAUGCACCUCUGCUACCAUAUCUAAAGUCUACAAAGUGAUUGUGAAUUACACCAAGGAAGGUCCAUUUUUUUAAUGAAAAUCACACAUCAGUUUGUACAGAGUUGAUGCUCCCUUGACCACUCACGUGACUGCUGAGUGGGAUGUGUGGGAACGUGUUGGUUAAAUGUGAUUACGUUGUGGCUUUCGGACAUUUCCAUGUCUGGUCAAUUGAAAUUGGUUAAUCUGUAGCAAGCUUCUUGUUGCACUUUUAUGUUUGCUAAUAAUUCAACAACAAGGAAAAUGUGGGUCACUUUAAAGCAUUGGCAGACAACUGUUUCUAACCCAAAGGUUUAUGGGUUUUAGCACAAUGAACUGUACUUCUUCAGGGAGGAUCAAUGUUGAUUUUUUUUUUCCACACGUCUUUAUUUACAUGUGGCUAUAUUUUCAUUGAUACAGAA